UAUUCCAUUCUCACCACACACAAACAAUAGCUUGUGCUGGUCUGCUCAGCACUGUUUUCUUCAAAAAGAUACAUACUCAAUAAUAUUAAAAUUUCAUCAAUUAUGGCUUCUCUCCCCCGUGCCCCGCCUGGUCACUUCAAUAUUCUGUACUUUGCCAGUGCCAGCUCAUUUACCUCGAAGGGUUCCGAGUCACUGCCAGCGCCGCUUCCUCUUAGCAAGCUCUUCUCCGUUUUAGAAGAGCGCUACAGUGGGAUUAAGGCCAAAAUUCUCGAUUCAUGCCUCGUCACCGUCAACCUUAAUUACGUAGACAUGCCGUCAGAUCAGGACUCUGGUGAUGACGGCAACCAACUUAUCAUCUCGGAAGGUGACGAAGUCGCCAUCAUUCCACCGGUCAGCUCCGGAUAGCACUACGUCUCUAAUUUACAUUCGGCUUAAACGUUGCGGUGCUGCCAAUUUCGGCUUGCUGUGUUAGCUGCUUGGUCAACAUAGCAUCGCAGGCCUCGCUCGUUUGAUUUCCUUGUCACAAGAUGAUGAAUGAAGAAGUCUGAAAACUUCCCCCGUUUGGUUUUCUUCAGGCUUGGUGGGAUUUCCUAAAACUGCAAGGUCCAUGUUCUCGAGUAGUUAUGACCAUCGCUAUUGUCUGCUGGUACCAUCGCACGACAUUGAUGUACGGUGCGCGGGAGGCGUCAUGAUUGAUGAGCUACGGGUCAGGACUUUUUUCGAGUACCAUGGUUGGAUUUGAGCCAGUCAUGCCUGCAGCGUGCACUGUCUGGAGGGGACUACCCUGAUAUUAUGGCAGCCUCAGUAUGCCAUGAGUUCGAGAUCGUCACAAUCACGAGAGGUCCUAGGCCGUGGGCUAUCUAGAAUAUUGAUUAAAGGUCUACUUCUUACCCGA